CAUCGCGGCCCGGUGGCUUCGGCCUCUUUCGGAAGCGUUCGGCAAAUUUCGCCUCUUUGUUUUACUGAUAGUGGAUUUAACUCGGAUUCAAGCCCCGAUAUCCGACGGAGUGCUCCGCUCAGAAACAGGUGUGUGAGCAGCAGUCCAGGAUGCAGAGUUAAUACUGGCCUCAAUCUGCUAGAAGAAGCCUGGCUGCCCAUUCUCUGCAGUAAACACAUGGCGGCAUUAGGGAACCCAGAGAUGCUCACGAGAAAGAUCAAACUGUGGGACAUUAAUGCCCACAUUACAUGUCGCCUGUGUGAAGGGUACCUGAUCGAUGCCACCACAGUCACUGAGUGUUUACACACAUUCUGCCGGAGCUGUUUAGUGAAGUAUCUGGAAGAGAACAACACGUGCCCCACGUGUAGGAUUGUCAUUCACCAGAGCCACCCACUGCAGUAUAUCGGCCAUGACCGAACAAUGCAAGACAUCGUCUACAAGUUGGUGCCAGGCCUGCAAGAAGCGGAGUUAAAAAAGCAGAGAGAUUUCUACCAGAAGCUGGGCAUGGAGGUACCAGGUGACAUCAAAGGAGAGUUGUGCAACAUGAAGCCCCAUCUGGACUCCCAACGCAAUGGUGAUGUGAAAUCAGAGGACGUAGCCAAUAAGGAUGGAGAAGAGAAACCAGAAGAGGAUAAUGAUUAUCAUCGCAGUGAUGAACAGGUGAGUAUCUGUCUGGAGUGUAACAGCAGUAAGCUGCGUGGACUGAAGCGUAAAUGGAUCCGAUGUUCGGCCCAGGCUACUGUCCUCCACUUGAAGAAAUUCAUCGCCAAGAAGCUCAACUUGACCUCCUUCAACGAGCUGGACAUUUUAUGCAAUGAAGAAAUCUUGGGCAAGGACCACACUUUGAAAUUUGUUGUGGUGACAAGAUGGAGAUUUAAGAAAUCCCCCCUACUCCUGCAUUACAGACCCAAAAUGGAUUUGCUGUAGUUGGACAAAAAUGGUUGUUUUUGGCCCGGUGGCCCAGGACUGUGCAACACUCACUAUUUAUGCAGAGACUAUCAAUGCCCGCACCAAACAGACCCCUAUCCCAGGAGUCGAACCAGACACGAGCCAGCAAACAACGGAAACCAGCUCAGUUACUGCUACACUGGCGGCUUAGCCAAGCAACUGCAGGCUUUUUCCUUUUUUUUUUCCUUUUACUGUUCGUCCACUACGUCCUAGAUAUGUGAAGACCGAGAGAGAGAGAGCAUAUAUUUAUACUUUUGUACAGAAGAGAGAGACACACAAACUCGAGACACUACUGGUGCUCUGUUUACACGCAAAACAACAAACAAACCGAUGGGACGAGAGUUGGCCGAACAGUUUUUAAAUUUUUUUUAAAAAUAAAUAUACAUGAACGCACAUCGCUCCCACUGGCGAUAGCGUCCCGUCACGCUCUUCACUGGAGAGCAAGAGGAGGAGCUUUUCACGGUUUGCUCUCUUUCAGGUCUCGACAUCUCAACACAGGCUUGGGAGCACACAUGAACUAUAAGAAUCCAACAACAGACAUUUCAGUUGUGAAUCGUCUCAGAGCAUUUUUUUUUUUCCUUUUCUUUAUUGCGUCACUGAAAGUGGAAUUGUGAAUAAGCAAAUUUUGUGUAGUAAUUUAUGUUCUAUUUACAAGUAUUGUACAUAAAAAAUUGUUACAGCAACGCAAGAGAGAUAAGAAGAGUUGAUGAUGGAUGAAUUGUAAAAAUGAGCGUGCGAGCGUGAGUGCGAGAGAGAUUUUAAUGAUAGACUGUUCACAAAGGUGCAUUUUUAAAACUUGUGUAUUUCAGACUGCAGAUAUGUGGCUCUAUAGGGACACAGAAAAUACAGAUUAAUUAUGACUUGCAUAGUCAGAUUCUAUAUCAUAAUGUGGCCCUCACAGCGGAGGGCAUGAUUUUAUCUCACUAAAAGGAAAAGAAAAAAAAAGUCUCCUUGUGUAAUUGAAGGGGAUGUUUCAGUACAUGAGUGUGAAAGCAGCAGUGAUAUAAAUCAGAAGCAAUUCUGAAAUGACAAAGUGCUUUUAAACCAUUCUCCCAAGUUACUAAUUAGCAACUGCAAAGCUAUUAAAUUUGUGUAAUGAUGAACUGUUAACUAGACGUAUUAGUCAUGUGGAAAUGUAAUCACUCUCUUCAAAUGAACACUGCCCACAUUAAAGAACUAGUUCAGCAAGAAAUCAAGUUUCUGUAAUUUUCCACUAACCCCAAAUGCAGUCAGCCAAGACAUGUUUGGUGUCUGAAUUUUUCUUUUAGUUUAGAACUGGAGCAUGCAAACAAUGGAAGUCAAUAGUCACCCAAACAGCUUGUGUAAAUGCAUGCCCAAAACUUCUCUCAACCUGCUCAAACUGUGUUCCAGAUUUGAAUUUGGGUCACACAGAAAAGCUGAUGCGGUUUGGAACACGGUAUAAAUCUCUGCAAAAGCGGGACAGUCAUUUUGAAUCGCUUCUUUCCUGAAUGCAGUUUGCCAUGUUUCAUGUAAUUUGACCAGAAACGAGCAUAACGGAAUUUACAACACGUACGCUUAUCCGCGUAAUUUGAAGUGAAUAUAUGACUUUGGCGUGUAUUUUUGGAUGCAGUUUUAGUGAUAACUGAUGUCCAGUGUUUGGAAGCACCAUUAGCCUAGCAGAUCCAGUUCUAAACCAAAGAAGCAAACAUGUCUUGGUUGAUCGAUUGCGUUUGGAGUAUGUUGGAAAUCAUGUAUUUGAUUUAUCACCAAACUAUUCCUUUUAGAAGCAGUAGCCUGUUGUGGACAUAUUUGGGCUGCUGCUUUAAACAUUUCUACACAUUCCUUAGAUUCAGACAUAACACAGCACAGAAAUCAAGACUGCAUCCCUGCAUCCGUCCCCCUUUUUUUUUCUUUUUUUUGUCUGUUCCACCUAGUCUUAGAACCAUAUAUGCAAUACAUAGGCUUUAUCACUUAACAAAAGAGAUGUUAAAAAAAUGUAGGCCUACACAGAAGCUUUAGUAGCCCACUCCUCUACCGAACGAAUGUAUCCCACAUGGCCAUCCAUAUGUACAGUUGCACCUCUUAUGUUUUUUGCUACCUUUAGUGCCAAAGGCUUAAGAACACCGUUCAGGCUUCAUGUUUUCUUCUCUAUGGCAAGCUGUGUGGAAGGCAAAGCAGAAACAUCACAAUUUGUGCAAAUGUGAUCGACAUGCACCAGAUAAGAAUUUUCAGACCGAUCAGUAAUCCGAAAAUGUCUCGUCGAUAGUCACCAUUUUUCUUUUGUAGUGUCUUAAAUGAACAAUUUAUUACAAAUUGUUUCUUUUUAUUUCUAAGCGGAGCCCUCAUUGAAUAUAUGGACAUGUCCAUAUACAUUUGGAUUGCUGUACAAGUUCCAUAGCUGUCUCCUGCAGUUCUAAAGGGCUCUCUUUGUAACAGUACUUGCAGUUUCCUUUCAACUCCUCAGUGAAGAAAUAUAUAUAUCUCAAUCAAGAAGAAAGUUUUGAUAUUGAACUACGUAACUGAUUUUUACGAAAACUUUGCCUCCUUUGUGGUAUGGAAAAGAACAACUUGGUAGACAACAAAGUAGUUUGAAGAAAAUAAAACAAAACAAACAAAAAAAAACAAACAAACAAAAAAAUGAGGUCUUGUAGCUGCUUGUUAUAUCUGUCUACUUUCACA